AUGGAUUCGACAAUGAAUUUGCACAAUGAGUUCAAUAAUAAUAAUCAACAGGCCCAGGCAUCAUCAUCAUCACGAUAUACAUUUGAUCAGCGCAUUGCCAUUUGGCAAAGCGCAAGUCAUAACGACGAAAUAACACUGCUAUGUGCUUCAAAUGAACGGAAUUGGGACAAGCGGAAACUGCGCCUUUUUCGGUUCCAUCAAAUCACACAAGAAGCACAGCGUUCCUCCAAUUCCUUCAAACAGGCUAAAUGGUCGAUCCGGCGUCCGAGCCCGCUGCUUAAAUUCUUUACCACAAAAAAUCCUUGCAAUAGCUCGGGCACAAUCCAAGUAACGCUAAAAAAGGAAAAGAAAAACAUCUAA